AUGGGCAUGGAGAUGAUCACGAAUGUGUCCGAGUACGAGAGGCUGGUCAAGGAGAAGCUGCCCAAGAUGGUGUACGACUACUACGCCUCCGGCGCAGAGGAUCAGUGGACGCUCAACGAGAACAGGGAGGCCUUCUCCAGAAUCCUGUUCCGACCACGCGUACUGAUUGAUGUGUCCCAUAUCAACAUGGCCACAAAUAUCUUGGGCUUCGACGUCUCCAUGCCGAUCAUGAUCGCUCCCACGGCCAUGCAGAAAAUGGCUCACCCUGAAGGAGAGCUUGCUACUGCAAGAGCAGCGGCAUCUGCAGGGACCAUAAUGACAUUGUCUUCAUGGGCUACUUCUAGUGUGGAAAGGGUUAACUCAGUAGGACCCGGGAUUCAUUUCUUCCAGCUUUAUGUUUACAAGGACAGGAAUAUAGUUCGGCAACUCGUGAAAAGGGCUGAAAUGGCGGGGUUCAAGGCGAUCGCCCUCACCGUCGAUACUCCAAGGCUCGGCCGCAGGGAAGCUGAUAUCAAGAACAGGUUCAACUUGCCUCCACAUCUGGUGCUGGAGAACUUUGCGGCGCUGGACCUCGGCAAGAUGGACAAGACAGAUGAUUCUGGGCUGGCUUCCUAUGUUGCUAGCCAAGUCGACCAAUCUCUUUGUUGGGAGGACGUCAAGUGGCUGCAGACAAUUACCUCGUUGCCGAUCUUGGUGAAAGGUGUCAUGACUGCAGAAGACACUAGGAUUGCCAUCGAGUACGGCGCGGCCGGCAUCAUCGUGUCCAACCAUGGCGCUCGGCAGCUGGACUAUGUCCCUGCAACCAUCAGCUGCCUGGAAGAGGUGGUCAGAGAGGCGAAGGGACGGCUGCCGGUGUUCCUGGACGGCGGCGUCCGGCGUGGCACCGACGUGUUCAAGGCGCUGGCACUCGGAGCCGCGGGAGUGUUCAUCGGUAGGCCGGUGCUGUACUCGCUGGCGGUGGACGGCGAGGCGGGGGUGCGGAAGGUGCUGCAGAUGCUGCGGGACGAGCUGGAGCUGGCCAUGGCGCUCAGCGGGUGCCCGUCGCUCCGGGACAUCACCCGCGCCCACGUCGUCACCGACGGCGACAGGAUCCGCCGCGCACGCCUCUAG